AUGAAUCAACUCUAUGGCUUCAAGGGCGAGGUUGAAGCGAAGUACGACGAAACACUAUACAAUCUAUUCUGCGAAGCGUUCUGUCUUUUGCCUCUGGCCCAUGUCAUCAACGAUACUGUAUUUGUCACGCAUGGAGGUCUUUUCAGCAAAGAUGGCGUCACCCUCAAUGACAUACGUGCGAUCGACCGUGAUCAGGAACCCCCGGAUAGUGGACUGAUGACGGAAAUGCUAUGGUCGGAUCCUAUGAGUGUUAGAGGGCGUGCACCCAGUCAGAGGGGAGUCGGCGUUAUGUUCGGCGAAGAUGUCACGCGUGACUUCCUGGACACUAAUAAACUGCAGUUAGUAGUGCGAAGUCACGAAAUGAAGGAUGAAGGUUAUGAAGUUGAGCAUGGUGGCAGUGUCAUAACGGUGUUCUCGGCCCCCAACUACUGUGACCAGAUGGGCAAUAAGGGCGCAUUCUUGAGGUUCACAGUACUUACAGAGGCUCAGCGUGAGGCUGAGGAGAAGAAGUCGGUGACGACCAAUGGUUUCAAUCGUAAUAGUGAACGAACGUUGUAUGGCAAUUUGAAGGUGGAGUAUACUAAAUUCCAACACGUCCCACAUCCUGCCAAGAAUGCUAUGCACUAUGCAAAUCCGGCACUGCUGGGUCCGAUGAUGGGAGGGAUGAACCUUCAACAGAUGAUGGCUUCUUCCUCAUGA